AUGGCACCACCCAAGAAAGAGAUGAGUGCCCCGUCGCGCGCCGCGGUCUUGCAGGAGAUCGAAGACAUGGACGGAAUCCUUGGCGGUGGACCCUUCCCUACCUUUCGAGGCAGGGCGACGAGCAACCCCCGCCCCGACGCCCAAGCCCAAGGCCAAGCUCGAGGCCCUGAGCGGCAGUUGGCGACUCCGGCCCUGGCGAUUCGCCAGAGAAGCCGGACCCCCAGCCGGCCGCAAAGGCCUCAUGGCCUGGAGUCGGUCCCGCCCAUGCCCGCCAUGCCCCCGGCCUUUCGGCCCCCCAACCCCCCUUUCGCCCAACCGGGCUUCGACAGUGGCCGCCCGAGCAGGUCACGCACCGGGACUGCUGGCUUCCCCCAGCAAGCUCCCCCGAGAGGGUUUGUCCUGCCGCCUGCGAGGCAACCUCCCAGAGAUGUUCGGUCGCCCUCUGGCGGCCAACAUAUGGGCCAGCCGACUUUUUCCCCUCCGGGACCUUCGUCGCCGCCCCUUCCCCCCAUUCCUCCCAAGUCCGCUCAGCGGCAAGUUCAGGACAGCAGGCGCCCGUCGGGAUCGGGUUCGAGGCCCACCAUAUCGUUGAACCAGGCUGUUUCGUCUCGUUCUUCGCCCCCCGCUCCCCCUCCCCAGCCCCAAGUUUCCCGGUCGUCCGAGGGACACCCGGCGAGCUCCUCGAGCCGCCCCCCUGUGCAGACGCCUCCUUUCGAGGAUGACGUUUUUAAGGGUCACUUGAACCCGACCAACCCAUAUGGGUAUAACCAGCCUCCGGGCUUUCACCACAACUGGGAUACACCAGCCAGAGAGCGGUGUGUGGGCAUCAAACCCCAUGGAAGAGCGGGUCACCCUUUCCAGGGCCCCCCAACUGGAUCUCGUCCGAGACCGUCACAGCAGCACCAGCAAACCGAAGUUGGUUUGCCGUCCCAAUUUCUUUCCCCCGGCGCCUCGGCCAGGGCUGGCCAAGCUGGCCACCCUACCGAGCCUGGCUAUUUCGAUCUCUCUUCUCCCCAGCCCCAGGGACUGCAAGCGCAGCCCGGUAACGUGCCCCCGGCGCCCAACCCGGCCGCCACCCCCACACAGUUCGGGUAUCACCCGAUGAUGAGCCCGUACGAGGCUGAAGCUGCCAGCGGCAUGGCCAGGGCUCGGGUUGAGAGCCCCAAGAAGAAGACUCCCGGUACGCCGGGCGGAGACCACUGGGCCUCCGGCCACGAUAUGCUGUCGCCCGUCGAGGCAGCGGUGGCCUGCGCCGACACCAGGCGCACCACCAUUUUUAUGGACAUGGGGGUGCAGUAUGCCGACGAACACGAGGAGGAGAAGGACGACGAGGAGGAUGGCGAGUAA